GUGUGUGUGUGUGUGUAUGUAUAUGUGUGUGUGUGUUGUGUUGUGUUGUGUUUGAACUGCACUUAAUUCCCACAAAAAGAAGUUCAGUUGCAGUGUCAACACGGAGGGAGAGGAUCCUCACUUUGUUCUGUUGUUAUUUCAUCUGUUCCGUGACAAGGGGAGUUUCUGGGAUUUGAGGCAGAGUUUUAAAACCCGUGUAAUUCUUUAAUCAGGUGUGUGGGGAGCAGGAGAAAAAAUAUGUGAAGGUGGAGUAUGCUAAUACAAUAAAUAUGUUGAAAAUAUCCACAGGCACUUUGCAUGGUACUGCGGAAGAAACUGCCAGGCAAAUAAGGGCUUUGUCUUAUAAAGUAUUCAUUGUCACCUGGUAACGGCCGUCGUUUAUCAUUUCACCUGAAAUUACAAUGAAAACUGAUACCUUAUCAGAGGGACGGAGAGAGAGAGACAGAAGUGGGGGGGUGGACUGAAUGAGGGAAAGCAGUAGAAGAGCUCGGGGGAUGGGGUGUAAGACUUUUGUAAUUUACAGCCAACUGUUCCCAUAUAAGGUUACCUACUUUCGCACUGCUCAAUAUUUAUGACUCAAUAUGGAAAAUUAGCACGCUGCUUAGGCUUUCCAAAUGCAAUUCUUCGAUGUGGAUUUCUUUUUCUUCGGUUUAUCUAGAAGUUGUAUUCGUGUGAAAAAUGAAAAAGCUUCUCUUUAGUGAAUUCUGCGACAAACAUUUCAAGAAUAUUACAUUUUUCAUUUGAAUUUAGAUUUUUUUUUAUGUGGCAGUCAGAAUCACCUCUGAAAAAGAAGGAUCAUAAAAUUGUCCACUGUAUCAAGAAAUUCUAUUCACAUUCUAAAUACUAUUUUAUUUCCUUAAUACUUAAAAGGGAACUAUACGACAUCCAAAAAGACAUCAUAUUUAUUUUAGCCUUUUCAUACAUAUUCAGAAACAAAAAAUAUAAUUUGUAAAAAAAAGAAAAAAUUAUAAUAAUAAUAAUAAUAAUAAUAAAUACCGUGUUUAUCUUUUUUCUGUUUCUGGAAAGCUUUGGGCUUUUUAAAUUUUUUUUGCUCCCUCCCUGCUCAUUCUGAUGGAGCAGAGGAAGGCUCCUCCCCAAGAGAGUUGAAAGGCUAGUCGACCACAGAGAUGGAAAGGCCAGCCCACCGAGGGGAGGAAAAAAAAGUCUGCUCCUGCUCCUGCUCCACCGUAAUUUCCUAUCUGCCUAUUCAGACAUCACCAACAGCUCGGUGCGCGCGUGUGUGUGUGUAUACGAGAGCGAACCAGAGGGAGACAGAGAGAGAGAGAGGGAGACAGAGAGAGAGAAAGGGAGAGAGAGAGAUCAAGCAAGGGGGAGGCUCUCUAUUCUUUCACCUACCCCCCAUCAAACCACAAGAGGGAGGGGCCAAGCCCAGGCUGCCAAUCAAAUCCGCUCGUGGCAGCCGGCAUUAUCUCUGCUACAAACUAUUGACAGAUUACAUGUCAAGGAGUUUAGUACAUGAUUGAAGGAAGGUUUUAUUAUUUUUUUUAAAGUGUGUAUGUGUAGUCAUUUUACCUUUGGUUUCUCCCGAACCUGCUUACUUCUGAUGAUUUUCAAAGAGAGUCGAGAAAUAUUAUGAAAGUUACAUGCCUGAGAGGAUUUAACUUCGACUUCCCUGAAUAUGCUGAAAGGACUUUAUGCACUGAAAAGACCUCAGGAAAACCCAACAUGGCCGCCAAAAGGAAAGGUGGCCUAAAACUCAAUGCUAUCUGUGCCAAGCUGAGUCGGCAGGUGGUGACUGACGGUAGCGGCUCCCAGAAUGCCGACGGCGACGCGAGCCUAGCGGAAAACAGCGAGCGCGGCAGCUCGCACUACGAUGAGAGCGAGCGGCCCAACACCGACCUCCUCCCCGAGGGCCUGGGCCAGGGCUUCGAAGAGGACCUGCGGCGUCGCGAGGCCAUCGAGAAGUGGGUGAACGGCGAGUACGGCGACGAGUUGUCGCUGGAUGGCGCCGGCGGUGUUGGUGGCGGAGGCGCGGGGCCGCGGGGGAUCAAAGCCAACAAUGGCGGCGAGGACGGCCCACCGGACGGCGUGUACAUGGUGCAGCCCAAGGGAUGCAGCGACGAUGAGGACAACGCAGACGAACCCGAAGCCCUGCUCGGCUCGCACGAGGGCAGUUUCCAUGAUGACCAUGACCAUGACUCAGAGGACGGUCCACACAAGGAGGAUAGCUACGCGUCCUCGGGUGAGGCGCCCAGCCGCCAAGCCCCCUUCACCUCUACAGGGGAGGCGUCCGCCCUCCGCGACUAUGCAGCCAACACCAUGAACGAGUUCUUGCACAUGUUUGGGUAUGACGACCAGGUGAGGGACGAGCUGGCCAAAAAGAUUAGCUUCGAGAAGCUAAAAGCCGCUACCUCAGACGCCUCCUCCCUCAGCAGUGAGGAGGCCACGCGCCGGGCCCGCUUCUCCAAGUACGAGGAGUACAUCCGCAAGCUGAAGGCCGGCGAGACGCUGCCCUGGUCCACGCACUCGCCCAAGCCCGACGAGCUCCACCCCAAGCUGGGGCAGGAGAAGGGGGGUGCCAGCGCCAGCGCCGCCCUUCUGGCCUCCUCCUCCAGCUGCCUCCUGGGCCCCGAGGCCCAGCUGUACCCGGCGAGCGUGGUGGAACCCAAGCAGAACCCGCUGGCGGCAGCGGUGGCUGCGGCGGCGGCCGGGCAGCAGCAGCAGGCCCCCAGCGCCGGUCACGGACACGUCCAGAGCCCGGCCUCGCGGGCCUCCAAAUACGACUUCUUCAUCCAGAAGCUGAAGAUGGGCGAGAGCCUGAGGCAGCAGAAUGGUGGUGGCGGCGGCGGCAGUGCUGGCGGAAGUGGCGGCGGCGGCAGCGGCGGAGCCUACAAGCGGCCUUCUAAGUACGACCUGGAGAACGUCAAGUUCCUGCACCUGUUCAAGCCCGGCGAGGGCGCCCAGGACAUGGGCGGCGCCAUCGCCUUCAAGACAGGCAAAGUGGGGCGCCCGUCCAAGUACGACGUCCGCAACAUCCCCAAGCUCAUCCCGGGCAAAGAGGGCCCGCCACUCAUGCCCAGCAUUCUCUCAGCCACGCCGGGAACCCCCGGCACCCCACUGGUCCCCGCGGCAGCAGCCGCCUCGGCAGGCGCGGUGGGCUCCACAGGCCUCUCCGGGGAUCAGACAGCUCACCUGGGCUUCAGCACAGCCGACUACCUGAAGUCCAGCUUCUCUAAGACCGACUCCAUCACCACUGGAACCAUGUCCUCCGUCAAGAAUGGGCUGCCACCUGAGAAGCCUGUCACAGAGGACGUCAACGUCUACCAGAAAUACAUCGCCAGAAGCUGGGAAAAUCAACCGAAGCUCCCACUACUCCCCGAGCCUUUCACUACACCAGCAGCUUUUAAAAGGUUCUCUGGGAGUCAGCACUGCGGGCACGUGCACUGCGCCUACCAGUACAGGGAGCACUACCACUGCAUGGACCCAGAGUGCAACUACCAGAGAUUCACCAGUAAGCAGGACGUCAUCAGGCACUACAACAUGCACAAGAAGCGGGACAACUCCCUGCAGCACGGCUUCAUGCGCUUUAGCCCCCUGGACGACUGCAGCGUCUACUACCACGGCUGCCACCUCAACGGCAAGAGUACCCACUACCACUGCAUGCAGGUGGGAUGCAACAAGGUAUACACCAGCACCUCUGACGUGAUGACCCAUGAGAACUUCCACAAGAAGAAUGCGCAGCUGAUCAACGAUGGCUUCCAGAGGUUCCGUGCCACAGAGGACUGUGGGACAGUCCAGUGUCAGUUCUACGGCCAGAAGACCACUCAUUUCCACUGCAGGCGUCCCGGCUGCACCUUCACCUUCAAGAACAAGUGUGACAUAGAGAAGCACAAGAGCUAUCACAUCAAGGACGACGCCUACGCCAAGGACGGCUUUAAGAAGUUCUACAAGUACGAGGAGUGCAAGUACGAGGGCUGCGUCUACAGCAAGGCCACCAACCACUUCCACUGCAUCCGCUCCGGCUGCGGCUUCACCUUCACCUCCACCAGCCAGAUGACCUCGCACAAGCGCAAGCACGAGCGCCGCCACAUCCGCUCGGGCGGCAUGCUGGGCCUAGGCUCCUCGUCCUCCUUCCUGCUGCCCAAAGAGGAACACGACGACUCCAGCAACGACGACCUCAUGGACUUCUCGGCCAUCAGCAGCAAGAACUCCAGCCUGAGCGCCUCGCCCACCGCGCAGCAGCAGCAGCAGCAGCAGCAGCAUCAGCAGCAUCAGCAGCAUCAGCAGUCGUCCACCGGCAGCUGCGGCGGUCACUUGAUGAUGGGGCCCACCACCACCACCGCCGCCUCGGGGGGCGGCGGCAGCAUCUUCUCUACCGGGGGCCUGUCCGUCAAGCCCACCGCCUCGCUGCCGCCGGCCAGCCGCAUGUCCAGCCUGCUCUCGCAGACGCUGCCCAGCAACAUGCCGGUGGCACUGGCGCUGUCCAACCCCUUCUUCCAGCUCAUGCCACGGCUGCCGCUGCAGCUACCGCCCUCGGCCGCCUCGAGCCUCAUCGCAGCUGCCAGCUCCAGCGCGCACGCCCUGGUCAGUGACUCGCUCGCGCAGAGCUGCCCCGUCUCAGGUAUGGAUGGCAGCGUCGGAGCCUGCACCCCCACCUCCUCCUACGCCACCUCCUCCAUCAUGGAGAAGAUCUCGGCCAGCAAGGGCCUCAUCUCGCCCAUGAUGGCCCGCCUGGCUGCCGCCGCCCUCAGGCCUGGAGGCCACCCUGACGCAGGGAAUGGGCUGCCUGCCUUAGCCAACCAGUUCAAUCUGGUUCAAGUGAAGCAGGAGCCGCUGGACGGGCCCUCAGGAGCCUCCCAUGACUGUGUGCAGGAGCACAGCCUGGACCUGAGCAAGAAAGACCACCACAGUAAUGAAUCAAACGGACACCCAGCACCGGCAAAUACAUCUCUUUUAUCCUCACUUAUGAAUAAGAUGACGCAGGUCAACCCAGGCUUCUUCCACGCCCUGAACCUGAAGACAGAGCUGGAGAACAGCCAUGGGACGGACACCUCGGAGGCAGCCCAGUACCUGAGCCGCGUGAUGGGCAGGCCCAUGCAAGAGAAGCCUGUGGAGCUGUGGAGGACCUACCUGCGCAGGUUCGACACGGAUGAUUACUGUGAGACCCAGUGCGACUUCUUACACAAAGUUCACUUCCACUGCCUGGUGGAAGACUGUGGCGCUCUCUUUAGCACAGUGGAUGGAGCCGUCAAGCAUGCUAACUUCCACUUCAGAGCCAACCUGAAGGUGAAGUCCGAGUACCCUUACAGCAACGGGAAGGAGGCCACCGAAGGACCUCAGAGUCAGCUGGCCACCUCCAUCUCCAUGGCCAACACUCCUCCCAUGGAUGUCUCGAGCAUGGCCACCUCGGGCGGGUACAGCGCCACCACGCCCACCCUCCUGGCCUGGAAGCACCUGACGGGCUCCAUCCCCCAGCUGCCCGCCUCCAUGCCCAGCCUGCCCGCCUCCUCGCCCCUGGCCACCACCUCACUGGAGAACGCCAAGCCUCAGGUCAAGCCUGGAUUCCUGCAGUUCCAGGACAAUGACCCUUGCCUCGCUACGGACUGCAAGUACUCCAACAAGUUCCACUUCCACUGUCUGUUCGGGAACUGCAAGUAUGUGUGCAAGACCUCUGGGAAGGCAGAAUCCCACUGCUUGGACCACAUCAACCCCAACAACAACCUGAUCAACGUGCGAGACCAGUUCUCCUACUACUCGCUGCAGUGUCUGUGUCCAAACCAGCAUUGCGAGUUCCGCAUGAGGGGCCACUACCACUGUCUGCGUACCGGCUGCUACUUUGUCACCAACAUCACCACCAAGCUUCCCUGGCACGUCAAGAAGCACGAGAAGGCUGAGCGGCGGGCAGCCAACGGCUUUAAGUACUUUACCAAGAGAGAGGAGUGCGGCAGGCUAGGCUGCAAGUAUAACCAGGUGAACAGCCAUUUCCACUGCAUUCGCGACGGCUGCCAGUUCUCUUUCCUGCUCAAGCACCAGAUGACCUCGCACGCCCGUAAGCACAUGAGGAGGAUGCUGGGAAAGAACUUCGACCGGGUUCCGUCCCAGAUGAUGCCCCGGUCCCAUCGUCCAGAGGAUAUGCAGCAUAUGGCCAACAUGGCAAUGGGCGGCCAGUCAGGCCUGAGCUCCAGCUUCUCCAUGAUGGAGGAUGGCGACGACUACAUGGACUACAUGGGCGGAGGCAGCCCGCUGGGCCUCUCCUCCGAGUCGUCCAAUCAGGACCGAAGCUGCUCAAGCACCCCUGUGGGCAACGAGAGCUCGCCAGCAGGACCAGGCUGCCAGGCUCCUGCUUCCACUGCCCCAGCCGACACUUCCGCUCCCCCACACGCCCCUCAGCCACCUCCUCCACCUCCUCUUCCUCUUCCUCCGCUACCUCCUCCACUGCCCUCUCAGGCUUCUCAAGCCCCACUCCAGUCUCCGACGCUCUCCUCCUUCCCUCCGGCCCUGCUGCGGCCGCCCCUCCCCUCCCUUCCAUACCUCCUGUCUCCAUCCUGUCUGUCCUACUCUCUGCUCAGCGCCUCUCUUGGAGCCACACGGAGUGUUGUCAUGCCAACCAACACACCAGCUUUCAGCCCCAUCAUUGCCACUCCGUCUCCGGUUAAAAAUGACGUCCCUAUAGUGCAGGAUGCUGCAGGCAACACCAUCUCCAUCCCCACGGCGCAAGGCGCGAAGAAGCGCUUCUGGAUCAUCGAGGACAUGUCGCCCUUUGGCAAGCGGCGCAAGACGGCCUCCUCGCGGAAGAUGCUGGACGAGGGCAUGAUGCUGGAGGGCUUCCGCCGCUACGACUUGUACGAGGACUGCAAGGACCCCGGCUGCCAGUUCUCGCUGAAGGUCACGCACUACCACUGCACGCGCGAGAACUGCGGCUACAAGUUCUGCGGCCGCACGCACAUGUACAAGCACGCGCAGCACCACGACCGCGUGGACAACCUGGUGCUGGACGACUUCAAGCGCUUCAAGUCGUCGCUCAGUUGCAACUUCGCCGACUGCCAGUUCUCCGGCAACAGCACGCACUUCCACUGCCUGCGCUGCGGCUUCCGCUGCACCGACAGCACCAAGGUGACGGCGCACCGCAAGCACCACGGCAAGCAGGACGUGAUUACCGCCGCCGGCUUCUGCCAGUUCAGCUCCAGCGCCGACUGCGAGGUGGCCGACUGCAAGUACAAGCUCAAGUGCUCACACUUCCACUGCACCUACCCCGAGUGCAAGCACACCGUGGUGGGCAUGUCGCAGAUGGACUCCCACAAGCGCAAGCACGAGAAGCAGGAGCGAGGAGAGCUGCCCGCCGCCUCGCCUAUCCAGGAGGUCAGCCACCACGCUGGAGCCGCAGGCGGGGGAAUGGGAGGGCUGGCGAUGCCCCCGGUGCCCGUCAGCAUGCACUCUGCAUCUUCAGGAAUGCAGGGGCUGGCUCAUGGCCCAUCAGGCCCCAUGUACCUCCCCUCAGCCGGGGCGGCCAGCGAGUACGAGCACCACCCCGGCUCCGGCAUCAGCCUGGACGGCUCGCUCAACCUGGGCACAGACGCCAGCAGCUCGCUCUUCUUUCUGAAAAACGCUGUCGGCCUGGGUCUCAACGACUCGCUGGACCUGAGCAAGAAGAUGAGCCACCACGAGAGCCUGGGCAUGGCCCCUGGAUCCAGCGCGGCGGCAGCAGCUGGCACCGGGCCAAUGGGCCUCGGAGCCACCGCACGGGGCCAAGACGACACCUCCGGCAUGUCCGGGGAGGCCGAGGACGACCUGUCUCCAGAGGAAGAGCCCAUGGCAGAGGAAGAGGAGGAGGAGGAAGAUGAGGAGGAACGGGAAGACGAACUGAACACCGACUCCUACGAAGACUCCAUGCCGGGCCACGAUGGCGAGAAGGACAACGGCGAGAGUUUUGCGGCUUCCACCAAUCACGCCGAAAGUUCGCAGCAGGACAAGGAUGAGCCAUGAGACCCGCCGUACUGUACCAGCGCUGGGGAAGAGCCGCCUCGACAACUAACUAUGAACAAACGAGAAACGCAAAUGAAAGUGGCCUCAUUUAUCAUGGUUAGCAACAUUGCAGAUGACAACAAAACAACUACAUAAAAAACGUGAAGGCCUAAAAAUGAUUUAUUAUGAUGUUUACAAGAUGACCAAUAUUAUUAAUUUAAUUAUGCAUUAAAAAAUGAACACAGAAACAGGCAGAUGAGGCCCUCUUUUACACAUGGCUGGCAGUGUAAACCGUUUCCUACACAUCAGUCUUUUUCGUGUGCGUGCAUGUUUGACUAAUUUAUUUCUUUUCUUUUUUUUGUUUGUUUUGUUUUUUACUUUUUUUGUGUGUGGAAAAAAUUAGGAAAAAGAAAACUAACAAAAACAAAAUCUAUCUAUCUCUCUAUAUAUAUAUAUAUAUAUCUAUAUACUGUAGUUGUGUGUGGACAUUGAUAUACAAUUUUUUGUGAAGCAGUCAUCACAUGAACUGCAGGACCCUUAUACCUAAUAAAAAAGGGAAAUAACUCAGUACAAAAGUACAAAAUACUGUACACUGACGGAAAAUGAAUUCAAGAGAAUGUGCUCAAAAGAACUGAUUUCAACUAUUGUUGUUGUUAUUCUAUAAUGACUUAUUUAUCAGUGAAGUUGCAGGGGCCUGCAUGUGCGCUUUUGGCUCGUACAUCUCUCCAUUGACCCUUUUUGCAGGGGGACAUUUUUUGUGUGUUUUUGUUUCUUUAUUUGUUCCUGGUUCAUUCACUCACACGCUCAUAAUGGUCAGUUGUUAUACUGUAGGUUCCAUUCCAUGUGGACAGUUGACUCCCCGUCACCUUCAGUCCAAACAGAGACCAGUAACUGCGGCCAGGGAACUCAGACCUCAAAGCCCAGAUGGCGGUGUAUACAGCUUUCCAGCACAUUAUAUUAUGGUUGUACACACGAGAA